AUGUUCGUUCGCGUCCUCAGCCACACCAACACUGAAUGGAAUCGCACCAAGUCGGAGCGUGAGAGUCGUCGCAAGCGCAACUCGGCCACCCGCCACAACUCCUGCCGCCAAAACUCGUCGUCGCCGCGAAGGCCGCGUCUCCAAAUGUCGUCCAGUGACAUCAUUCGGCAGAAGGGUGCGAAUGAUGAGCGGCGAAUGCUCACCGAGCCGAAACGCAUGCCCGGCGAGUGCCGGCUGACGGUGGAAGUGCCGGAGGGCGUGGACCCGGAGAGUCGGCUGCACACGUCGACGAGCAUGACCAGUCUGAAUAUAAGGGUCAAGAAGCGCAUCAAUCGGAUCAGACGUGGGUUGUGGGCGAUUUGGAGGGCUUGAAACGGAAUGCCAAUUUGGGCGGGAAAUUCGAAAUUUGAGUUUUUUCUGUAUAAAAUGAAAAAAAAACAAAAUUAAAAUGAGUUUAAAAAACCCUAUAAAGUUCCACGUCCCACAUAAAACGGAAAGAUUGCCUUGAAACAGAAUGCCAAUCGGUUGAAACGGAAUGCCAAUUUUGGCGGGAAAUUCGAAAUUUAUUUUUUUUUCAAAAUAAAAUGUGAAAAUAUAAAUCUGCAUGAGUUUAAAAAGCCUUAUGAAGCUGUUUAUGCCAGUUCACAGGGAACUCGGAUUUACUUAUAUGUACGCCUUUUUUACUUAUAUGAAAUUGAAGUUCAUAUAAGUAAAUAAACGUACAUAUAAGUAAAUAAUCGUACAUAUAAGUAAUUCUGAAAUUACUUAUAUGUAAACUUUAUUUUUGGCGCGCUCCAAAUUUACUUAUUUUACAAAUAAGGAUUUUUUACUUAUAUUUACCAAUAAGGAUGUUUUACUUACUUGUAACCCAGAAUUACGCACAGUGCAAAUUAUCUCAUAAACGUUUAUUUUGAUUCUCAAAAACAACAAAUACAUGUGGAUAACGCAUCUUGUGUGCUCCGGAUAGGUUUCUCAUCUGUUUUUGUCCUUAUUAGGCAUCGAUUGCUUAUUUGCGGGAUCUUCUAUGGGGACUUCUGCGUCUGGAUUCACUGAAAAUAGUAAAAAAUAAAGAAAGGUCGUUCGGCGAUAUUUACUAUAAGCCCUUCUGAAUUUUUUGUGCUUCUCCACCCCGAAAAAAAUAGUUUUAGGUUCAGCAAGUUUGCCAAUGAAAUUUCGAGACACCAAGUUUUUCAUGUUGUACUAGGUCCAGGUGAAUAUUCUCAACAUACCUGAAUCAUCCGAGUGCCAUUUUUCCGAGAUCGUGUGUAUAUUAUCCAUUUACUACCCUCCACGACCAAUUUUUCGAUAAUCUGAAACCUACAGGCUUCACCUGGACCUAGUACAACAUAACAAAACUAUGUCUGGAAAAAUUUUUGGUUUUAUGAAAUGUGAAAGCAGUUUAAAAACACCUACCAAGUUUGAGCAAACAGUUCUUCAUCCAAAUUGGAACUGCGUGAAAUUUGACUUUAUCAUGCUCCGGGCUCUGGAAGGUUCUCACAUUCGCGACUUUUGAUCUGAUCACUCUGUUACCCUGUAAAAGAAAAAUACUGACUACAAGCACCUUACUUUAUUCGGUCCAAGGUUGAGAUACGUUCUUUGACGCUCCAAAAAACUUAGAAUUUUUCUAAGUCCGGCCAACGCGUGCAGAAACCAAAAAGCGUCUUUGACGCUCAAAAGUUUUCUUUUCAAGGCUCAUAUAUGUACAUAUAAGUAAAAAUAAACGAGCUCCGCCGUUUUUUACAUAUAAGUACCGCUAUUUGUAAAUAUAAGUAAAUAAACGUAAAUAUAAGUAAAAAUAAAUAAGCCCCGCCUUUUUUAACUUAUAUGUAAGUUAUUGGUAAAUAUAAGUAAAAAAUUUUACUUAUAAGUAAAUCCGAGUCCCCUGUGUUAGAACGCAAAAACUGGCUUGAAACAGAAUGCCAAAGUUUUGGAGGAACGCGAGAAAUUUGCAUUCUGCCGCGGGUAGUAAGCCUAAAAUUGAUGAAGAUGGAUUUUUUGAAGCUUCGCCAUCGUUUUUAGACAAUUUCAGACUCUAAAAACGCCUUGAAACAGAAUGCCAAGAUUUGGCGGGAAUUCAAAAAUUCAAAUUUUUUUGUUCUACAAAAUCUUUAGAGGGCCUUAAAGCAGUUCGAUUUUGCCUCGACACAAUUUAUUUUCUUUGCGGCGAUUCGAUUUUCGAUUGCGACAGAGUGCUCAUUAUUUUCCCGACAGACUGAUAUAUACGACUUUACCACGCUAAUAACAAAUGUAAAACAAUAAAAAAUGAAUUUCCAGAUAAUCAAUGCGUGGGUAUCGCCUUCCUCCUCACUAUGGGUAUCCUCUUCAACUUCCUCGCGUACAUGGCGUCGGUGUGGUCGGCGGAGCUGAACAGUGACGUCAUCGAAGCGAAAGUCGCGAAACACGAGCAAUCCCUCAACUACAAAAUCAAAAAAGUCGUCUCGGGAGAGCCGUCCAAGUACUUGAUCGGGCUCCUCAACUUUGGCGGCCGGAUGCUGAGCGCCGUCGGCACGUUGAUGCUGGUUCAGGUCAUCAUUACGCUGUGUCAGCUGCGGCGGGGCCGAUGUGUGCGGGCGGCGAGUGGGAAUGCCGACGAGCUGAUCGUGGACAACAUUCCGGAGGGCACGGUCAGCGAAACGAUCGGGGAGUGCUUCAUGGGAUGCAUUGUAAGUUUAAAAGGAGUUUUAAAAAAUUUCAAUUUUUAGGCGAAAAAAAGAUAUUUUUUUAUUAAAAAAAUGCUCUAUAAGCCUUUUUCCAACCAAAAAUGUCUCAAAAGCUACAUUUUAGCAUUUUCAUAAAGUGCAGGGUCAUUUGUCGCGCCCCGCACCGUGCACAAAAACCCCGAUUUUUCGCACUGUGCGUUCCAUCUUUUCUUUGAUUUUGCACUGUGCACUUUACAUUCUUUAAUUUUGCACCGUGCAUUCCUUGUUUUGGUCUUUGCACUGUGCGGUGAAAAGAACUACGUCGCUGCGGCCAAUUUGCACAGUGCAAACGGCUUUUUUUUGAGGGGGUGCACUUUGCACUGUGCGUUGGCGACAAGCAUGGGAAAAAGUUCAAAAUGCACUGUGCAAAAAUGAGAAAAACGUGAAACCCAUUUUGCACGGUGCUUUCGCCCUUUUUUUGGCUUUGCGCCGCACGUCAAGAUUUUGCGCUCAAAGAGUUGUCUUUCAACACGAAAAUUGGCAUUCUGUUCCCGCUUAUGAAAGUGUCCAAAAAAUCCGUCUCAAUGACGGUUUUUUUGGAUGAAGUCAGAGGAAAGGCGAAAUAUUGCGCAAAAUGAGGAGAUUUUCUAUCUCGAAACUGGCUCAUUUGAUUUUUUUCGUUUUAGGCUCAAAAAAUCCGCCUUGUUCCAGACUAUGUUUCCACGAAACUUGAAAUAGGGGCGAGGGAAAAUCUUAGAGAAAUCCUCGAAAUCGCAACAUUUUUUAGGCGUUGUUAGUUUAGGCUUCAAACAGAUAGAAGGCAAACGAUUUUUUUAUAUGAAAUAUAUAUGUUCAGGUUAAGCAGGAGUCCAGCUUCAAAUUUAUGUAUGCAAAAACCCUAUUCUACCCCAUCUUCAUGGUGUAAUCAGGUUAUCUUUGGGGCAAAAAAAUAUUCUUUCGCUGAAACAGAAUGCCAAGAAUUUUUCAUUGCUUGAGCGCUUUUGUUUUAUUUUUUCUUAACCUGCGCCGUGCCAUCGCUGCGACGUAAGCUUUUCUUGCAUUUAGUCUGCACCGUAGUGGCUUUGCUCAAAAAUCUGCACAGUGCAAAGGGCUUUUUUAGGCUUGCACUGUGCGUUGGCGACAAACGUGGGAAAAAGUUCAAAAUGCACUGUGCGAAAGCGAAAAAAUGUCCAUGCACUUUAUGAAAAUACGAAUACUUUUGCCUUUUAUGAGGAUUAUGUUUCUCCCCUGUUUCUUGAUAUUCCUAUCAUAUUUUGGCAUAACAUUCCAUUUCAGAGCUUCUGA